CCGCGCCGGUCACCUGACGCGGCUGCGGGCUGAGGAGACACAAGAGCGGUCGCUGUCGCCACAGUCGGAGCCGCCGUCUGGAGCCCCCGGGACUCUCCACCUCGCCGCCCCCGCCCAGCCUGCCGCGCCAUGCCGUCGGAGAAGACCUUCAAACAGCGCCGAACCUUCGAACAAAGAGUAGAAGAUGUCCGACUUAUCCGAGAGCAGCAUCCUACCAAAAUCCCGGUAAUAAUAGAACGAUACAAAGGUGAGAAGCAGCUUCCAGUCCUGGAUAAAACAAAGUUCCUGGUGCCUGAUCAUGUCAACAUGAGUGAGCUCAUCAAGAUAAUUAGGCGCUUACAGCUCAACGCUAAUCAAGCCUUCUUCCUGUUAGUGAAUGGACAUAGCAUGGUGAGUGUGUCCACACCGAUUUGUGAAGUGUAUGAAAGUGAGAAGGAUGAAGAUGGAUUCCUGUAUAUGGUAUACGCCUCUCAGGAGACUUUUGGAAUGAAAUUGUCUGUGUAAGAGUUUAAAAAAAAAAAAAAAAAAGCAUCUGUUCUAGAAUUUUUUAAACCCUUAUUUACCAAGGAAUAAAAAAGGGAUGUUACCGAUUGAUCAGUUCAUCUAAUCACAGAUCAUCCAAACAGUAGUGUUCCUGCCUAGGAGUUUUAGGAAGUUGUUUUUUGGGACUUCAAGCAGAAAAACUGAGCUCCAAAUGAGCACAUUCAGCUUUGGGAAACUUUAUUAUUAUUUAACCUAGGCUGUCUUGUUUUCAAAUUUCAAGUUUAAAAAUAAAAUACUUUGCAUUCUAAGUUGCCAAUAAAAUAGACCUUCAAGUUAUUUUAAUGUUUUUUUUCCCCCAAAAGGAACUUGCAAUUUGAGCAUUCAGAGAGACAUUAACUCUUCUCUUUAGGUUCACAGAAUCUGCCAACUUUUUAUAGAAGGGUUUCUACUCACCUAGAGAAAUCUCCUUUAGGAGGAUCUUUAAGCAUAAGUUGUCAGGCAUAGCCACCCCGCCCCCACCACCCCCAAUACUUUUGCCAUAAUAGUUGGCAAAAAGCGGGGUGGAUGUGGGUGUAUAGGAAAUAAGAGAACAGACCUCUUGUCCAGGGUUCCUGAUUGCUAAUAAGUGUAUUUCAAGACAGUGCUCUUGUUAUGAAGUUUUCAUUUGGUUUGUUCUCUAGACAGCAGUAACACAGAAAAACAGCACUGCUCAACAGGAACCUUGAAUAAUUUAUAUAGUUUUGGCCAAGUUUCUCAAAAGGCCUAGAGAAAGAAUGACAUGUUUUUGUUUUGAAUAUUCUCUUAAGAGCUCAAAAUAGUGCCUGCUUUGGCAAAUAAUAAGUUACAUGGGUUUCAUUCUUUGGGACAAAGGUAGAACGCUACAGGAUACUGAAACUAAAAGCAUUAAAAUUCAGAUACACUUCCUCUACCUUUUGGCUUAAAGCUGUAGAUGAUCCAUGUUUUAUGUUAAGUAUGUGACUAAAAUAUGUUAUUAAAAAGCAUUUUUAAGAGUAUUUCAGUUCACUCUUAGGUCAGUCAUCAGAAUUCCCCCACUCCCGUGUGCAUGUCAGUUUUGAAAAUAGCAAAAGGAAACACAGAUUAAUGUCAAACUAAACAUUAUCAGAGUCCAACUAGGAUAAGUAACCAGUGCUUCCGACUACCUGCAUGGGGUUUACUAUGUACUAUUUUUGUGAGAGCUGUCACAGAAGGAUCACAGACCCACUUGAGACUGUACGUGUAGCAGGUCACCAUUUACCCUUGUGUAUUUAGAUGUGUGGAAAACUUGUAUCUGUUAGUGGCAGUUAUUUACUGUAAUUGAGGAAGAAAAAGCAAUAUUACUGCAUAUGGGCCCUCAACCCCGAUCAACUACUCUUCCUGAUGCAUGCAUCUGUCCACAUGGCUAACUUUUAAUAUGUAUAUUUUUACAUUAUGUAAAUUCUUAAUUAGCCUGUCUUGUUUAGAUUGUAUACAUCAUUAUAUCUGACAUUCUUGUAACGACUGUGUGAUCAAUAAGAUUCCUAUAAGAAACUCUGCUUUUUAAAGACAAAAAUACCAUGCUGAGAGGGGUGACUUACUUAUAAUCCCACAUUAGUGCGUGGUUACUCUAUUUAUAGGAUCUUUAAAACAAGUCCAUU